ACGCAUCGCUAGAGGAGAUGGGUAGUGAAGAGAGUUUUUGGGCUAGCGGGAAUGAGUUAGAGGUCGAUGAAGGGGAGAUUGUGGAUGAGGAUGCCGUUGCGGAGAGGUAGCAGCGUUCAUGGUCGGUCCAUCUGAGGGUGAAAACGGGUGGGAAAGGCUGGAAGCCUGGAUGGUCUCUCGGAGAAGAAGAUAACGAGGGAGGGAUAGAGUGAGAGAGUUUAGUGGACGGAUGCUGUCCUCUCGUUUGCUAAUCAUUUGGCAUAUCCAGAGUUAAUGCCCCCAUUGAAAAUAUCUUCCCUUUCCCCCCGUUCUCUCUCUCAGCCGUUCUCUCUCUCGGCUUCUCACCCUCCUCUCUCCCCGUCGCCCUCUGCCUCCCUGCUGUCUACUUCUCCACCGCUCCACCGCGCCACGCACGAUCGCCGUAGCCCUUCCAUCGCCGCCGUGCUCGGCUCCCCUCCGGUCAUCCCCGCCGUGAAAGUCCGACGCCGGCAGCGGUGGCUUCUCCCUCUUCGUCUCUCCUUCUGUUUGAAUCACCCUCUGCCUUCCCUCGUGUCUGUUGCAGCAGAAUGCAUCUCUCGAUUGCCUCAUCGAGAAAUCGAGAAUGAUCUUGGCAUGGCUGAAGUAUAAGAUGAAAGAUUUAUGGAAUGAGAGAAAUGCUAUUGGAUCAUCGCAGAUUGCAUAAUAUAUUUUCAACAAGUUUUUAGGGCAUAACUCUGCAUAAGAUGAACGCUGCUACCUCUCUGCAACAGCUCUCACCAUCCUCAUCCUCACCCACAAGAAGCUCCCCUUCAUCGACUUCUAACUCAUUCCCACUAACCCAAGCUCUCUCCCUUCAUUGGGCAUCUCCUCCAUUCGCUAUCUCCUCCACAAUUACCAUAACCAUCCCCAAAUCCUCCCGCCGAUAUGGAUUGCCCGCUACAACAAACCACACCAGCCCAAUAGACCUCUCUCUCACCACCACCGAACCACCCAGCAAUUCCUUGGACCAAAGACUCCUAGCUCUCCUCCGUCAAAGAAAAACAGAGGAAGCUUGGAUAGCUUACACCCAAUCCACUCACCUUCCAAGUCCCACUUGCCUUAGCCGCUUGGUCUCCCAAUUGUCCUAUCUAAACACUCACUUGGGCCUCACGCGUGCCCAGUCCAUCAUCACCCGCCUCCGCCACGAGCGCCAGCUCCAUCGCCUCGAUGCCAAUUCCCUAGGCCUCCUUGCUGUUGCAGCCACCAAGGCCGGUCACACACUCUACGCCACCUCUAUUGUCAAGUCCAUGCUUCGCUCCGGUUAUCUUCCCCACGUUAAGGCGUGGAGCGCCGUAGUAAGCCGUCUCGCCGCUUCGGGCGAUGACGGCCCCACAGAAGCCCUCAGGCUAUUCAAUGCAGUCACCAAGCGGAUCCGUCGAUUUGCAGACCCUACCAUAGUUGCCAACUCGCGGCCUGACACGGCUGCUUACAACGCUGUACUCAAUGCCUGUGCCAAUCUCGGUGAUACUAAGAAGUUCUUGCAGUUAUUUAACGAAAUGCCCGAGUUUGGUGUUGAGCCUGAUGUACUAACUUACAACAUUAUCAUUAAGUUGUGUGCGAGAGCCGAUAGGAAGAGUUUACUAGUAUUUGUAUUGGAGAGAAUUAUUCAGAAGGAAAUUCCAUUAUGCAUGACAACAUUGCACUCGCUUGUUGCAGCUUAUGUUGGUUUUGGUGAUCUGGAAACAGCCGAGAAAAUGGUUCAAGCAAUGAGGGAAGGUAGGAGAGAUCUUUGUAGGGUUCUCAGGGAGUCGACUCAAGAGGAAGAAGAUGGGGAUGGAGACGUAUUUGUGAAGUUGCUUCCUAAUUUUAUUGAGUCCAGUAACAAUGAGCCGCCACUAUUGCCUGAAGCAUAUGCUCCUAAUUCUAGAAUUUACACCACUCUAAUGAAAGGUUACAUGAAGGCUGGCCGUGUCACUGACACAGUUCGAAUGCUAGAGGCAAUGCGGCGCCUGGAUGACAGUGCUAGUCAUCCUGAUCAUGUAACAUAUACAACUGUUGUUUCUGCAAUGGUAAAGGCAGGGUUGAUGGAUCGGGCUUGUCAAGUACUGGCUGAAAUGACGAGAAUAGGUGUUCCUGCAAAUCGGAUUACCUACAAUAUACUGCUUAAGGGUUUCUGCCAGCAACUAAAGAUAGACAAGGCAAAGGAGCUGCUUAGGGACAUGACUGAGGAUGCAGGAAUUGAGCCUGAUGUGAUAUCCUAUAACAUCUUGAUUGAUGGUUGUAUACUUGUUGAUGACAGUGCAGGGGCUCUUUCUUUCUUUAACGAGAUGCGGGCUAGAGGAAUUGCUCCCACCAAGAUUAGUUAUACCACUUUAAUGAAAGCUUUUGCCUUGUCGGGUCAACCAAAGCUUGCUAACAAGGUAUUUGAUGAGAUGCUUAAUGAUGCUCGAGUGAAGGCUGAUUUAGUUGCCUGGAAUAUGUUGGUUGAAGGCUAUUGUAGACUGGGAUUAAUUGAAGAAGCAAAGAAAAUAAUUACCAAGAUGAAGGAUAACGGGUUUCACCCAAAUGUAGCUACUUAUGGCAGUCUAGCAAAUGGAAUUGCAUUGGCUAGAAAGCCAGGAGAGGCACUUCUACUUUGGAAUGAAGUGAAGGAGAGAUGCAGAGUGAAAAAUGAAGGAGAAAGUUCCGAUUCUUUAUCUACUAUCCCUCCAUUGAAACCAGACGAGGGGCUCUUGGAUACCCUGGCUGAUAUCUGUGUGAGAGCCGCUUUUUUUAGGAAGGCCUUAGAAAUUGUGGCUUGCAUGGAAGAGUAUGGGAUACCACCAAAUAAGACCAAGUAUACAAGAAUCUAUGUGGAAAUGCAUUCAAGGAUGUUUACUAGUAAGCAUGCAUCAAAGGCGAGACAGGACAGGAGGAGUGAGAGGAAGAGAGCAGCUGAGGCUUUCAAGUUCUGGUUGGGUUUGCCUAAUUCUUAUUAUGGGAGUGAGUGGAGGUUAGAACCCAUCGAUGGUGAUCAAAAUGUUUCUGAAUUUUGAUUCAGUUCGACCAAUUGGUACGUUUCUGUAUAUUAGUUCUGGAUUUGGGAUUUCCCGCUCAAAACAACAGAGCAAAUGUAACUUUUGAUGUAAUUAUUCAGUUUGAUACCAAAUAUCUUGUUAGAAAUAUAUUCUGUAUUUUGGUUCGAUUGA